AGUCAUUACGAUUUCAGCGUUAUAACUUAUAUUUUGAAAAUUAAAAAUACAAUUUAUUUGUAUACUUUUCGCUCUCAAAUAUCGCGUUAAAGUUUUAACGGGUUUUAUGCUCCUAAAACGCAAUCAAGUGUAUAUAUAAUUUUCUAAUAAUUUUCUAUAUGUUUAUUCGAUUAGACUAUAAUCGAAAAUGAGUUUAGAACAUUUGAAAAAUAAGCUAGUCAAACAGUUUUUGUGCGCUACUCAAAUUUCAGCUGUUCAUUUCGAUGAAAUGACUGAUACUGAUGUUAGUUUGAUUUUGGACUUACUGACUCACGAUACGUUGCAGAACUUUCCUCUCAAAACGCCAUACGUCGCCAAGUUUUUAAAAAAAAUGAUAAACCAAAUGGAAAAGAAAGAAAAUGAGUUGUGUGAUGAAAUUUACUAUAAAUAUAUCGAACUCAUUCAAAAAGACCCAAAUGAAGGACCUUUUUACAAACACUACGCGUUUAACAGUGACGAAACCGAUGAAAUUAAAUCCAUUUUGACAAUUCAAGAGAGCACCAGCAUCGUAUCUCACGGAACUACGGGACUUUGUACAUGGCAGGCAGGUAUUGCAAUGGCUUGUUGGUGUUUAAGGAACAAACAUUUGCUCGACAAUCGGGUCAUAAUGGAAUUAGGCUGCGGAACAGGUUUAAGCGGAUUGAGCGCUUGUAUAAACUGUAAACCGCGGGAAUAUUGGUUUACCGAUUGCCACUCGGCAGUUUUGGAUGUGUUAAAAAAUAAUAUUCAAGUAAAUCAAAAUCUUCAUACGUUCAAUUGCAAGUUUAAAGUCGUACAACUUUCGUGGGAUAACAUAGGGGACGUUAAAUUGAAUUAUGAAACAAAACCCGAUUUAGUAUUAGCAGCAGACGUAGUGUUUGAUCAAAACAUGUUCGAUCCGUUGUGUGACGCGUUAAAAUGGCUCAUGAUGAAUGGUACUACAGAAAUAUAUUUGUUUUGUACACAGAGGAAUCCAGAAACUUUUAAAACAUUCCAAGAAAAACUAAAAAGUUGCAACUUGAAUUUCAAGCGAGAUAUUUUACCAGACAAUUAUUCGAUUUUACUUCAACAAGAUUGUCCGAUAUACGUCAUACACAUUAAGUGAGAUCAAUUUGUGAUAAAAAAAAUAAUAAUUACAACAACAAUUCAUAACCACUACCAUCGGAUAUAAUUUAAUCAAAAUCAAACUAAAGAAUAUGAGAACAAUUCUGUACAGACACACAACCAUAAAAAAAUUGUACCUCUGUAAAAUACGAAAUAAAAUAGAAAAAAUGUAAAUAAACGGUUAAGUUGCUGGCUUAGCGUCAUCCUGAAAUCUGACUGACGAAUGAUACCGCAACAAAUCCGAUACGUCUACGUCUCUGUCUUUCAUCGCUUUCUGGAACACAAAAACAAAAUAGCGUGUUUCAAUUGAGUUUUGUACGAUAUGUUAUAUGUGUGUAUAUGUAUAUUUAUUUAAAUGCUCAAUACAAUUUGAAAUAGAAACCAAACAAAUUAAAGCCAACACAAACCACAAACACAAAUAACUUUUGAAUGA